AUGGCACCCAGGAAGCCUGUUCAGAAGGCAACUGUUCUUACAACCGCUCGUGAUAAUCAGCCUCAAACAGCCUCUGAUGUCAAUAAGGCCGCUUUGGAUAAAAUCCAGAAAUGUCUGAACCGCGCCUACCAUGCCAACGCAUCAGAAGCAGAAGCCAAAACCGCCCUUUUUAUAUCCCAGAAACUCAUGAGCGAACAUAAUGUCACCCAAGCGGAUCUUAUGGCCAAUGAUACUGGAAGUAAAGCGCAGUACGGCGGUCGGAGUAUUGUUCGCAUCGAAAAGGUUGCGGGCUCGUCACGGAGGGUUAUGAAGGAAGCCUUUGUUAAGACACUGGCGAAAGCAAUUUACACCUUCUUUGACUGCAAAUGUUUUUCGACCGAUCGUAACACCUCUGUGGAUUGGACAUUUUAUGACAUUGCAGAUAACACUUUCGCGGCCUCGGCAGCUUUUGAAAUGGCUCACAAUUUGAUUUUGGGAUGGGCAUGUGCCUACAAAGGAGGCGGGCCCACUUUCAGCUAUCGCCUUGGUGUGGCUGACGGACUCAGGUCUAUGGCAAAUCUGGAAAAAGGAAAAGAGCUUGAAGAUGCCCGGCACCAUGAACUCGGUCUCAUUGCAAAUGAGCCGAGUGGGCAAUCAAAGGAAGACCACCCCUACACCAAGCGUGAAGAAGCAGCCUCCUCAAUUGGUGAUCCUGAAACGCCGGACUCGGCCAAUGACGAUAUCAACUCGAUGGAAUUUGGUGAACUGCAAAACGAUUCCGAUACAGCACAGAAUGAAUUUGAUUUCAAAGCCGACAUUGAUAUGGAUGAUGCGCAGAACCUUGAACUAUGCGAUGACGUGGACGAAACUAUCGACAAGUACAUGAAACGGGAGCCUUCCGAACCAUCAAGCCCCCACGGUAUCCCCCAGUCUCUAGCAGCGCCAGGUAUUAAAGUGGAACCUGAUCCUUGGUCUUCAACCUCAAUGGCCUAUCGUUGGAGGUCUGAGAUGCAGCUUGUUCAAUUUCGAGCAACCUCAGAGCAGGUUGCAGAUGACUAUCUUAAGGAGCAAGAUAUUAAGCUACGCAAAAGGAGGACAGCGCGAGCGUUGAACAUCCGAGAUAGAGAUUCCUAUAGUCGAGGCCGGAAAGACAGCUCCAAAAUCAAUGUCCGUCAAAGAACGCUGAUGUGA